AUUAGAAAAUAAAAUAAAAUAAAGGGUUAUGUUGUAAUUUUAUCCCAUUUUACUCUCCCGUAGAAGUAGAUUCUACAAUUAGAUGGAGUUUGUCUAUUUUUAGUUAAAAUUUUAUUUCAAAAAUAAAAAAACUCGUUCUCAAGUCCCCAAAAAAAGUUUUAAAAUAAAACUUAUAUUUGUGUUGUGUUGUGCCAUAAAUUUAAUGAUGCAGCAGAAGCUCGAAAACUAUUUUAUAAAUUUAGUUAGAUAGCAUUUUUUAAAUUUAUUUUUUGUUGAAAAAAAAAUGGGCAGAAAGAAAUCUUAUCCUAGUAAAAUUAAACAGCAAAAAAAAAUUUCACCCGUGAAAAAGAACGAAAUUUUAGUUCAGUGUGACAAAUUAUUACGAUUAUGCAGCGAUCCAGAAUAUUCAACACAAUUAUGGGAAAAUUACUUGGAGAUCACGGCGGUGCUGGAAAAGGUUAAAAGACUUGAGGAAAUGAAGAUCAGUACAUCAAAGCGUUCAGUAGCGAUUGAACAAUUCGUAAAAUGGUUGCAAGACAACAAAGCUAAUUACUCUGGGACGAGUAUCGCUGAGUUUCCUGGGUACGAGCUGGGCCUGAAAGCUGAAAAAAAUUUAAACGCAAAUGAUUUGUUGAUGCAAAUUCCUGGUAGCAUUAUUUUCAACUGCGAAACCGCGGCACCGGAGCUUGUAGCUCUGCAGAAUGACCCCCUGAUUCAACACAUGCCGCAAGUGGCAUUGGCUAUCGCUUUAUUAAUUGAAAGGCAUAAAGAUAAUUCAAAAUGGAAGCCUUAUUUAAAUAUUUUGCCCGCUAAUUAUUGUACCGUACUAUUCAUGACCACCAGUGAUAUGAUCGAACUGAAGGGCAGUCCUACUUUAGAAGCUGCAUUGAAACAUUGCCGAAAUAUUGCGCGCCAAUAUUCGUAUUUCAAUCAAUUAUUCAACAAGAAUAAUAGUCCGGUAUCUGAAUUACUUCGAGAUGUCUUCACUUAUGAGGAAUACUGUUGGGCAGUUUCUACAGUAAUGACAAGACAAAAUAUAAUACCCAGUAAAAAUGGCACCCAAAUGAUCCACGCACUCAUACCAAUGUGGGAUAUGUGCAAUCAUGAGGACGGAAAUAUUACAACGGACUUCAACGUAAACUCAGACACCUGCGAUUGUUACGCGAUGCGUGAUUUUAAAACAGGGGAUCAAAUAUUUAUAAAUUACGGCUCGAGGACAAAUUCCGAUUUUUUCGUCCACUCGGGGUUCGUUCCCGUGGAGAAUAAAGACGACGGGUUCAAAUUGAGACUGGGUAUCAGCAAAUCGGACUCUCUGUACCAUGAGCGUACGACUCUGCUCGAGAAGCUGGGGUUCGACACAACGACAAUGACAUUUUUGCUGAAAAAUUCAAGCGACCCGAUUUCCGAUCAGAUGCUGUCAUUUUUACGGGUAUUCAGUAUGAGGAAAAAUGAUCUAGAUCAUUGGAUUCAAUCAGAAAAAAUAUUUGAUUUGAAACAUCGCGACUGCUCACUUGAUACUGUAGUUGAAGAUAAUGUUAAAAAGUUUUUGCAGAUGAGAUUGAAACUUUUAAUUGCUAAUUAUCCGACAACUUUAGAGGAAGAUUUAGAUCUGCUGAGUACAACGAUGCCGCCAACUAAAAAAAUGAUUCUUCAAUUGAGAAUUUCGGAAAAAAAAAUUCUGAAGCGGACUCUUGAUUAUGUUGAGCAAUGGAUUAAAGCUUAAAUGAAAAAUAAAAAUUUAUUAAUUAAUGUAUUCACGAAUUCUGUUAAUUAUUUAAUCAAUAAAUAAAUAAAUUAAAUUAUUAAUUUUUUUAAUUUUAACGAAAA